CGCACAAGGAGCGGCCCAAGACGCCACAGCGACGAAUCGAGAUAGUGCGACGUCUGGGCAAACGGGGUGAUCAUCUGGCGGGCAGCAAAGACGACAUUAGUUUUGAAGCCAUCCCCGUGCGUGAAGCGCAUUUGAGGCGGAUCAAAGAAGGACGUGGUCACAUCCCGUUGGAUGCUGGCAGGGCAUUGGGAAAGUGCUUUCAGAUAAUCCAAAUACGUCUGGCGCAUGUCGGCUUGUUGUUGGUUUUCUGCCUCGGCACGGAAAUGAUCAUUAGAGCUCCUUGCUUGUGUGAGGGCCCGUUGCUGGGCAUGAGACUCGAUCAUGUUCAGACGAACCAGAGCAGACACAUCGGGGAGCAUGCUCUGCACCUCGGGAGCAUCAGCGAAUUUCGAGCCGAGCAGCGCCUUGCCCACGUCGGCUACUCCAAUCGGACUUGGCAGAGGCGACCCCGUGUGAAGCGAGAACGCGCAGACGGCCCAGGUGGCCCGGAGCACAGAGAUCUGGCGGCGGACGCGGUCCUUUUCCUCAAGCAGAUAGCUAUUGGAGCCUGCCAUGAAAUCGGCGAGACGCUGGCCCAGAUGGACUUCCGGAUCCUGCAACAGAGACUGGAACAGUGCCUGAUACACGCCGCGAGGCUUGUUUUUGUCGAAAUUCCACAGCGUCUGGGGGAGCCCCU